AUGCGUCUUGAGGUGGCAGCAACGGUAGUAGUGGUGGAGGUGGUCGGUGAGCCUCCUGAGGAGGCUGUGGUGGUCGUUCCUUUUCUCGGCCUCGUCCUCCUCCCUGACGAGGUAAUAGGUGCCGUCGCCCAGGUGGUUGUGGACGUGAGCGCCGUGGCACUCAUCGUCUCUCCUAAGCUCGCCGUCCUGGUCGGCGGGGGAGGAGACGCUGUAGCCGCAGCGGUGGAGGAACUGGCCGAGUUGAUUGGUCAUGUUAAUCUUGUAAUCCCUCCACCUGCCGCCGGUCCUGCAGUUCCGCCGCAGCUGAGUGAGGGUGUCGAACAUGAUGGGCACUACGGUGAGGAAGACCUUGGCGUAGCGGUCGGCGUCGGCCUCCACCGGCGCCUGGCCGGAGUACCUGGAGACGUAGGCCUUCUUGAGUUCCUGGGGGAACGCUAUGAGUCCCUUCUUGACUGCCAGCAGCAGGAACAGAUUGCCCGCCUCGCCGUAGGGCUCCGGGUGGAACGCGUCCAGUUGCCGCUGCAGGGCACACAGCUGUCCCAUAACCGCGUGGUCGAAGUGUCCGACCGCCUCGAUGUGCUGCACCAGGGCGUCGAAGGACUCCAUCAGCGCCGUCACUGCGGCCAGGUUGGGAGGGAACUUGUCGGCGGACGUCUCCUCGCACUCCCCUUGUGGAAGCGCCUUGUAGAUCCUGGCAAUUGCGUCGUGGUCGUUGCGUCGCUUCGCCGCCUCCAACUGCCGAAUCUGCUCGUCGGUCAUCAGGGCUCUGGGGAAUAUCCCCCUGAACAUGUCCGCCUGCCUGAGCAGUUGGGGGAAGAAGGCACGUGCGGCGUCGCCGAGUCGCUCCGCCACCUGGGUGAGCGGGGGACUGUCUUGCGUGAAGUCAUUUUCUUGAAUGUUCUUGACAAAGUCAUCUUGCAUCUUGGCCAUAAAGCCCUUGUACCCUAUCGCCAAGUCGGCGGCGAUCUCCUCCGGCAGCCCCUGCAGCGCGUCGGCCACCCUGGCGGCGAAGUGUUUCAGGGCGUCCUUCGCGGACGCCACGUAGUCCCGGCGGGCCUGCUUGGUGAGCUCCGCGAUUGCCUUUUCAAUCUCACUGUCUACGAAGCGUUCAAUGUUUUCUACUUUCUCCCAUUUUAUGUAAUCGGCGUUGGUGAGGAACUUGUCGCACGCCUCGAUGGCCUUGUGGAGGUCACCGGUGCGGAGGGUGUCAAUUUGUGUCUUGAUUUUUGCGAGGUCUUUGUCGAUGUUAUUUUCUUUGAAAAGCCCCAACUGCCAGUCGACACUGCCGGCUUCGCUCGCAAUCUUGGCGCACAGUUCACCGAGAUGUUCGUUGACCUUGGGGACUGUGUCCCUAUUGAGCUCUUCAAUGUCUUUCUUAAUUUUUUCAAGACCUUCAUUUUUGCCUUCUCCAAUUUUCUCUUCCAGAUGUUUUAA